GCGGGUCCGCCCCCAGCCCCGGCCCGCCGGGCCCUGCUCCGCCUACCCCGGCGGCGGGCGGCCUCUCCCAGCGCGGAGCCAGGCGGCGGGUCGCCAGGGGUGGCCGUGGAGGGGGGGUGUUCCCCGCCGAGGCGGCGGAGGGAGGCCCGUGAGAGGGAGGUCAGAGGUGGGCGAUCGCCGUGGGGCGCUGAGGAGAACCGGGUGCUCUUCCCGGAGGAGGCAGGAAGGAAACCGCAGGUGCCGGUGCCGGACUUUCCUCCCGGGUGGUGUGUCAGCCCGGCGGCUCUCAGUUCUCCUUUCCUGGCGCUGGGUCGCUAAGUUCAGGGAAGGGCAGGGGCCGGGCCGGACCGGGCGGAGCCUGUGACCGGGUUUCCCUCAGGACGCGGGGGAGAAGCCGCCUGAGGCUCCAGAAAGAUGCAGUUCUUUGGCCGGCUGGUGAAUACCAUCAACAGCGUUACCCAAAUAUUCACAAACCCUUACCGGGUGAAGGAGGUGCCGGCUGCAGAGUAUGCCGCUCACACCUGCAUGAGGGAGGAAGGCAGGGUGGCCCUGUAUAAGAACAGCCUCGCUCGCUCGUGGGAUUGCCUGCUGGUGAAUCCCCAGAGCCCACAGGUCGCUUUCCGGCUCUUCCAGCUCGACAAUGAAGCAGAUGCCCUGGUCCGUUUUGAGCAGUACGCCGGGCUGCUGCGCCCUUUCUACGAGAGCUCGCGCCAGCCCUUGUUGCUGGAGGAUCUCCAGCAGCUCAGUGACUGCUUCCGCAACCACCCCAGCUGGUCCUCGGCACACAUCGCGGUGGAGAUCGGCCAUCGUGAGAGCUUCCGACACAACCACGUUCUGAGCUGCGUGAACAGCACGGACAGCGAGGAUGGCUGCACCCCGCUGCACCUGGCGUGCCGCAAGGGAGACAUGGAGUGCCUGCUGGAGCUGCUGGAGUGCCACGCGCGGGUGGACAUUACUGACAGGAAUGGGGACACUGUUUUCCACUAUGCUGUGCGAGGAAACAGCCCCCAGAUCAUUGAGCUCCUGGGCAGAACCCCAACUGCUGGCUUGGACCACCUGAGCCAUGAAGGGCUGACCGCUCUGCAUCUCGCUUGUCAGCUGGGCAAAGAGGACAUGGUUCGGUCUCUGCUGAAAUGCCGUGCCAGCUGCAGCAUCAUGGGGACGCUGGGCUACCCCAUCCACACAGCACUGAAGUUCUCCCAGAAGGGGUGUGCCCAGGCCAUCCUCGAGGUGGAUGCCAGCCAGGUUCACUCCAAGGACCCGCGCUAUGGAGCCACUCCGCUGCACUGGGCGAAGAAGGCUGAGAUGACAAGGCUGCUGCUUGAGUAUGGCUCCGAGGUGAAUUUGACCAGCUGGACGGCUGACAUGGCUCUGCACAUUGCGGUCAAGAGGGGACGCUUUGACUGCGCCAUGGUGCUGCUGACGCACGGGGCCCACACCAACGCCAGGGGUCAGGAUGGAAACACACCACUGCACCUGGCCAUGAAGCAUGACCACCUGGAUAUGAUCAAAGCAAUUGUCGUGUUUGGAGGAGAUGUCGAGAUCCCCAAUGAUUUCGGGGAGACACCAGGGCUGUUGGCAGCCAGGAGCAGCAAAGGUGCAAACCGGAAAGUGCUCUUAGACCUGCUGCAAACUGUAGGGACCGAACGCUGCCACCCACCCAACCCUGACUCCCCAAGCCUGGCACCAUCUGCCGCCUCCUUCUUCCUGGAAGGCCAACCUUCCUCGCGGAGCAGCUUCAACAGCUUAGGGUACAAGGACUUUCUGUAUGUUUCCACAACGCUUGGACAGUUGUUGAAGGCACCAGAUGUUGUGGACUUGCCCAGUGAGGGUAGAAGAAAUCACGACCGCCUCCUGUGCCUGGAUGGAGGGGGCAUCCGGGGCCUAGUGCUCAUCCAGCUCCUCCUGGCUAUCGAAAAGGCUGUGGGCCGUCCCGUUCGUGAGAUUUUUGACUGGAUCGCGGGGACCAGCACUGGGGGGAUCUUGGCCUUGGCUAUUGUACACGGGAAGUCCAUGGACUACAUGCGCUGCCUGUACUUCCGCAUGAAGGACAUGGUGUUCCGGGGGUCUCGGCCCUACGAGUCGGAGCCCCUGGAUGAGUUCUUGAAGAAGGAAUUUGGGGAAAACACCAAAAUGACAGAUGUCCAAAAACCCAAGGUUAUGGUGACAGGGACGUUGUGCGACCGGCAGCCAGCUGAGCUCCACCUUUUCCGGAAUUACCCCAUACCAGAGACAAAAACCUCCACUGAAUACAAGACAAGCGCAUCUUUCAAACCACUCACUCGUCCAGAAGACCAACUUGUAUGGCGUGCUGCCCGCUGCAGCGGUGCGGCUCCCACUUAUUUCCGACCGAUAGGCCGCUUUCUGGAUGGCGGGCUGCUAGCCAACAACCCAACUCUCGAUGCCAUGACGGAGAUCCAUGAGUACAACAAGACGCUGAUCAAGAAGGGUCAGAGGCAAGAAGUAAGAAAAUUGGGGUUGGUAGUCUCCCUCGGGACAGGGAAGCCUCCACAGGUCCCGGUAAGCUCUGUGGAUGUUUUCCGCCCCUCCAACCCUUGGGAGCUGGCGAAGACCGUCUUUGGGGCCAGGGAGCUCGGCAAGAUGGUGGUGGAUUGUUGCACUGACGCAGAUGGCCCAGCUGUGGAUCGUGCCAGGGCCUGGUGUGAGAUGACGGAUGUCCCAUAUUUCCGGCUUAGCCCUCAGCUGCACACGGAGGUGAUGUUGGACGAGGUGAACGACACCGUGCUGGUGAAUGCUCUCUGGGACACCCAGCUUUACAUCUAUCAGCAGCGGGAGCAGUUUGAGCAGCUGGUGCAACAUCUCUGCCGGUGACUGACCUGGAGGUUCCUGUUCAGCAGCCCCAUGGCAAGGAGCAGCAGACACUGAAAUGGCUUGGAUUUGCCCUUGAACCAAGGUGUUGAGGUGGGGGGGGACUACUACUACUACUAAUGAGGAAUUAAUGAUAUUUAAUAGACAACAGUGCACAUACACAUGUAUUCCAGGACACACCCAUGUAUUCCCAGACAGCUGUGAAAUGCUGACAGUUACCUUUGUACUGUAGCCCCAUCUCUGCUGCUGUGCUUGGUUUUGCUGCCCUGCUAUCUGACUGUACAGCCCUUCCCAGAAGCCAGAGCCCCCACCUACCUGUCUUGAGGUGUAGCAGCUGGAGUCUGUCUCCUGUCUGUGCAGCACCUCCACUGACAAAGCAUCGUGCACCUUCCCACAUCACAGAAUGGGCCAAGGCCAGAUAAAGGUUCAGGGAUUACUUGGCCCACUGGGGCCAAGGUGUUUUGGAGUGUGUAGUAUGGGGAAAAGGGAUUAUUCUUCUGUCAGUGCUCCUGGUUUGAAGGGGAGCAGAAAUGCUGCACUUUCCGCAGUAGAUAUGACACAGAAUGUUGUGACUGGCCUUGGGAGAAGGGGGAACCUUUCCUGAGCCAGUUGUCUUCUGUAGCACCUUCCCCUUUCCCAUCUGAGACGGGCUGGCAACACAGGUACUGACUGUGCCCAGGGUGGGAGCAGACCCCCCCAGAGACUGUUUUGUGCCACCUGAUUUGCUGCGUUACUCUUUGCUCAAGGGCUGAGAUGUGAAGGCCUGUCUUUAUUCGCAGCAAGCUCAAGAUGAGGGACAAUAGCCUUGGCUUGGUAGAGAGGUCGUUUCUCUUUAUUCUUAACGUGGAAUUGAAAUGCUCUGAGAUCAGUUCCCACCAAAGAAGCUGACCCUGUGACAAUUUGGAUUUACUUUUUUUACUGCUGGAAAUCCCAUUGUGAUUGCUACGCUACUCAAUGUUUCUGUAGUAAAUUUUGCAUAUUUAUAAAUAAUUUAUGUAUCUAUUUGGAGGUGUUUUGAGGAGUAACCUGAAAAACUGAAUUCUUAAUCAUUUGCUUUUGACUGAAUGGACUGCUGUUGUGAACAGUGCUUCUAUGCAAAAGUAACGUGACCUGAAAUAAAGAGAGGUUUGCAUUUGGUUCCA